AUGAACACUUACAGAGUGAACCAAUACAACAUCACCGCCCCUUCACUCAUCACAAACCGCCUCAUCCAAGGCGCUUUCCGCUACCAGAAACUCAACCUCUCGUCCGCCGGGUCCCUUCAACUCCGCAACAUCGGCGUCAAGCCCACAACAUCCACCACGCCCGUAACGAAGCUCCCCGGAUCUUUCGAAUGCUCCGAUGAAGACCUCACACGCAUAUGGGCCACUGGCGCACGAACGGUUCAACUCACCGAGAUUCCCAAGAACUCCAUCCCCGACUUUCUACAAGUCUCAGACAAAGGCGCCUACGCAGAAAGCCAGGCACCGCAAGGAUUAGCUGGCGCCGUGGCCGCUCAACUCCUCAACUACCGUCUCGAUAUUGAAGCAAAACCUGUCAAAGGCGGCUUCGGCGUCUCUGUUCUCUGUAUCUAUUUGUCCUUCAACUUGGACAGCCACACCAUCACAGCCCACGCCGGCUCAACAAGCCUAGACACUCUCCUCGCCACGUCCCCAUUACCCGUCAGCACCACUCUUGGAACCUGGCACGCAGUACACAUUGACGUAGCAAUGACAUCUAUCAUCGUGACCCUCAACAGCCUCCCCGUUCUCAAUCUAACCCAAACCUCCCGCUAUUUCGGCUCCUUCGGCUUCGGCGCCUCCUUCGGACACGCAGCCUACUUCCGCAACCUUACCGCCAGCACGCCCACCAGGGAGACCAUCUACACGAACCCGCUCACAUCCCCUUCCUUCCUCCCAGACUUCAUGAUGGGCGCAAACCCGGCCGAUACAAUCGUAGACGGCUCCCGCCGCGACAGAAUCGCAUACACGGGCGACCUCGACGUCGCCCUCGGCGCCGCCUUCGCAAGCACCUUUGGCACAACCUUCAUCGACGGCUCUCUAGACCUCCUGGGCUCCUACCAAGCUACACCAGGCUUCUUCAUCCCCACCGCCAAGAUCCAGCAAGCACCUCUGAUGGAACCCCUGAAUACAAACCUCACAGGACUCAUCGGCUACUCCUUCAACUUCCUCAGCGCCCUCGCCCAAAACUACGAAAUGAGAGGAAACCUCACCUUCGCAAAGCAGUGGGCUCCAAAGGUCUCCAAAAUGCUCGACUGGGCCGACUCCCAGGCCCUCCCCAACGGCCUCUUCAACCUCGCAGACGAAUCCUUUGGCGGCGACUGGAACUACUACGACAAAGCACAAUCCGGCAUCGUCACAAAGUUCAACGUAGUCUACGCCUACGCCCUCCAACAAUCCCUCCCCCUCCUCCGAGACGCAGGUCUCAACACCACAGUCUACCAAACUCGCCUCGACACCCUCCGGUCCGCAAUCAACACAAACCUCUGGAACCCAGACCUAAACGCCUACAUCCUCUCCUCGAACUUCACAACGGGCUUCGCACAAGACGCAAACGCCCUCGCCAUCCUAGCCGGUGUCCCCCCCUCGCCCAACACCACAGCCUCGAUCCUCUCAACCCUCGCAAGAGACCUCAUCCUCCCCGCCGGCCCUCUCGCCUUUUCAAAUUCUACUGUGCCCGCCGGCUUUGCGCAGAAAAUCAGCCCUUAUGCGUCAUCAUACCACCUCCGCGCAGCAUUCUCCGCCCAUGACGCAUCCACGGCAACGACCCUCCUCAAAACCCUCUGGGCACCCAUGGCCAAUCCCCAACAUGAGAAUUAUACGGGUUGCUUCUGGGAGACGUUGAAUCCAGACGGCACACCCGGUCUAGGCGUCGUAACCUCCCUCUGCCACGGCUGGGCUGCAGGCCCGACGGCGGAACUGAGUCGGUAUGUCUUGGGCAUCCAGCCUGCUGCGCCUGGGUUCGCGGAGUGGAAGGUUGAGCCGCAAUCGUUGGGGCUGGAGUGGGCUAAGGGACGGUAUCCGACUGUGUGUGGAGAUAUCGUUGUCGACUGGAGAUUUGAGGGCGGCAUGUUGAGGAUGGAGGUUGAGAGUCCUGCUGGGAGCAAGGGGACGAUAUACCUGCCGGAACCGUUGGUUACGAGCCUUGAGGAGUCUGUCAUUCGGGUGAAUGGAGUUGUCAAGAAUGGGACUCAGUUUGAGGUUAAUGGAGGGGAUGCGUUUGUGCUUACGCAGGAACCUCUGGGCGCAGGAUUGCUGGCUUGA